UUUGUUUUUUUUCCUUUUCUAUAUUUUUCACACCUUUUUGUCGGCAUCAAUAACAUUAUUUUUAUUUCCUUUUCUAAAAACAACACCACUUUUUUUGCGUUUCGUUUUGUGUUACUCAUUCAUUACCUUUUUUAUUGUUUCCGACCAAUUUUUUGCAUGGGUGAAGGAAAUGAAAUUAUUUCAUACCGUAUUCCUUGUAAUAGUACUACCGGCUUUGCUAUUUCAGGAAAUACGUUAUUUAAUGUCCUGCCGACAUAAAAAUGGAUUUCUAAUUUUCGAAAAUCGGGACGGCAAAUCCCUGAAUUUCUUUAAUUUUAAUUCUUUAUCCAAAAUUAUAAUUAAAUUUCUCCAUAUUUUUUAUUCCUUUUUUGUCUACAUAUUAGACAUAUUUUAAAAUAUUUUUAUUUUCUUCAUAUUCUAUUUUUGUCAUAUUUUUAAAUUUAAUUCUAUUUUGAACAUUUAAACUUUCUUAUUAAAUAUUUUUUUUAUUUUCCUUAUAUUUUCAUAAUUUCCCGCUGCUUUAGUCUCUUCUUAAUCGUUUUAUUUGUCCUUUUUACCUCCUCCUCUUUACAUACAUUUUUAAUUGGCAUUCAUUCUGCAAAACUUUUUUAAAUGGCUGCAAAAACACUCAAUUUUCCCUCAACAAUUUUUCGGUUCCUCUGUCGCAUCGCUUUUCCCAUGCCACCAAUUUAUUCCUUCUACUAAUUAACAUUUCCGUUGUUCUGACUAAAAAAUUCUUUAUUUUUUUUUAUUUUUUAAUA